AUGAAAUCCAACAACUAUUUCGCUUGGUUGCUUAUGUUUGAACAAUUUCUAGCUGCUCUCAAACUUCGACUAACUAUAUGGAAAGAAAUAAAACAAAAACGACCAUCCAUUUCACCAUCAAUACGAAUGCUCCUUCAACACAAAUUACGCUCUUGGAAUAUACUUGUCAAACAUGAAUUUCAAGCCUUAAGACAACGAAAUUGGGAACACUUUAUAUCUAACGUCGCUUCUCCAAACCCAGCAUCAUUUUGGUGCACAGCGAAAAAUUUGAUUAAAAAGAAAUCAACGGAUUUUUGUGCAUUAACAGAUGAAAAUACAACUCACAGAUCCACAACUGAUAUCAUUAACUGCUUGAACCAACAUUUUACCGAACGUGAUGAACUUCCGUCAUUGAAUGUGAACAAUUCACUUGAAAAAGAAGCUGAUGAGCUAUGA